AUGGCGUCCGAGUCGAGACUUUAUACCUUCUCGCAGGAGACUAAGGACCACCUGCGCAAGUUCCGUCUCGGAACCUCGCGGUCGAACGACCCUCAAGCUGUUAUCUACUACAUCGACAAGAACACGCACGAGAUCAAGCAGGAUGACGACAAGGUCGUGUACAAGACGCUCGAGGAGAUCGGAGACGACCUACCAGACCACAGCCCGCGGUUCGUUCUGCUGAGCUACCCGCUUACGCUGCCCUCCGGCCGCCUGUCGGUGCCCUACGUACUGCUCUACUAUCUCCCCAUCACCUGCAACAGCGAGAUCCGCAUGCUCUACGCCGGCGCCAAGGAGCUGAUGCGGAACACGAGCGAGGUCGGUCGUGUGAUUGACAUACAAGACGUCGAGGACUUGGAGGAGAUACCAGAGAAGCUGGGCGCUGCAUGA